UGGAGAUUUUGAGAGAAGUGAGGGAAAAAUAAAUACAUAUCUGGGUGGAAAAUUAUAAAUUAUGGAAAACGGAUGAUGAAAUGUGGUGAUGAAGUAAGGGGCAGGCGCGAUGACUCAGUACUGGGUUCAAGCCAUCCGACUCCCUCCGCCUCUGCACCCCCACUCCUGCUCCAAGCCUCUCUUCUCCGUUGGCUUCCCGCCCCGUAAUUCCUCCUCGCCGCCAUCUCUCACUCCGCCGGCCGCUGAGCUUUCCCGUCCCCUCGACCCCGAUUUAGAAAACCCCAACCGCUCUGGCCGGUCCAACGCCCUUCGCUCCCGUCUAAGCCAGCUAUGCAAGGAAGGUCGGAUCGAACUCGCCCGCCGCCUUUUCGAUGCUCUACCCCGCCCCAUCCCAACCAUUCUUUGGAACGCCAUCCUCAUCGGUUACGUCUGCAACUCCUAUCCCGAUGAUGCCCUCAGACUUUACCAGCUUAUGAACUCGGAUUCAGAUGCACGCUCCGACCACUACACCUACUCGUCAGUCCUCAAGGCGUGUGCCGACUCACGCCGCCUCCGCCUUGGCCAGUCCCUUCACUGCCGCAUACUGCGCUGCUCUCCCACAACCCCUACCAACCGUGUGCUCAACAACUCUCUCCUCAACAUGUACGCCUCAGCCCUCGACACCCACCAUCUCCUUGUUGUGGACGCCGUCCGCUUGCUGUUCGACAGAAUGCCCAAGAAAAAUGUGGUGUCCUGGAACACUCUGAUUGGGUGGUACGUGAGAUCCGGCCGCCCGGCCAUCGCGCUGGAUCAGUUUCGGCGCAUGGUUGAAGCGGGAAUCAGGCCCUCGCCCGUCAGCUUUGUGAAUGUCUUCCCUGCGACCGUCUCAGCUGCUUCAGUGAAGGGAUCGAACUAUUGGCCCGACUUGCUCUUUGGUAUGCUCAUCAAAUUUGGCAUCGAUUACGUUGCAAAUGUAUUCGUCCUGAGUUCUGCCAUUUUCAUUUAUUCUGAGCGUUCGGAUAUCCAAUCUGCCAGGCUGAUCUUUGACUGUGCCGUUGAGAAGAACGUCCAGGUGUGGAAUACCAUGAUUGGGGGCUAUGUUCAAAAUGCUUGUUACGAAGAAGCUCUUGCACUUUUUUUGCAAGUUUUAGAGUCUGAUGAGGUUGUUGCAGAUGAUGUGACUUUCCUGGCGUCUCUGAUGGCAAUUUCACAGUUGCAGGACGACGGGUUAGGCCGGCAGGUUCAUGCUUACCUGAUAAAAGAAAAUUCAAAGGCGCUUCCUUUGAUCCUUAACAAUGCUCUCAUGGUGAUGUAUUCUAGAUGUGAUGAUGUAAAAUCUGCUUUUGAUGUCUUCGGUCUGAUGUUAGAGAGAGAUAUUGUGAGUUGGAAUACCAUGAUUUCCGCCUUUGUGCAGAAAGACCUGAACUUUGAAGGACUUCGGCUGGUUCAUGAGAUGCAUAAGGCAGGCCUAAUUGCUGAUUCAGUCACAGUUACUGCGUUGCUUUCAGCAGCAUCUAAUCUGGGCAGCCUCAGUGUGGGGAAGGAAACACAUGGCUAUCUCAUCAGGCAGGGAAUUGAGUUUGAAGGGAUGCUCAGUUAUCUCAUCGACAUGUAUGCCAAAUCUGGCUGCGUUGAAACAGCUGGACGCAUCUUUGAUGCGAAUGAUUGUGAUGAGAGAGAUCAGGUCACAUGGAAUGCGAUGAUUGCUGGGUAUAUGCACAAUGAGAAUCUUGACAGGGCUCUUUCUUUGUUCCGCAACAUGCUUGGGAGAAACUGCUUGCCUAAUCAUGUGACCAUCUCAUUGAUCCUCCCUGCUUGUGACCCUAUCGAAGGAAUCCAAGCUGGCAAACAGAUCCAUGGAUUUGCUAUUCGGCAACACCUGGACACUAACGUUUUUGUGGGCACGGCCAUUAUAGACAUGUAUUCAAAGUGUGGUGGGAUUAUCUCCGCUGACAAGGUCUUCAAUUUCAUGAAAGAAAAGAAUAGAGUCACCUACACUACAAUGCUUUCAGGCUUUGGUCAGCACGGGCUUGGAGAGAGAGCUCUUUCGCUGUUCGAGGACAUGCAGUCUUUAGGCAUAAAGCCCGAUGCAGUGACAUUUGUGGCGAUUAUAUCAGCUUGUAGUUACAGUGGCUUAAUUGACGAGGGCCUUGCUGUUUUUGAAUCAAUGGAAGCUUUUGGGAUUGUGGCUACAACCGAGCAUUACUGCUGUGUUGUUGACUUGUUAGGCAGAGCGGGGAGGGUGGAGAAAGCUUAUGAGUUUGUGAGAUAUCUCGGGGAGAGCGGAAAUCAGGUAGGAAUUUGGGGUUCCUUGCUUGCAGCUUGUAAGCUUCAUGGCAAGUACGAGUUGGGGAAAUUGGUGUCAAGGAGAUUAUUUGACAUGGAAAAUCAAAAUGAAAAUGGUUCUGCAGGUUACCAUGUUCUAAUGUCAAAUGUGUAUGCUGAGGAGGGAAGAUGGGAUGGCGUUCGCCGACUGAGGCAGGAAAUGAAAGGAAGGGGUUUGAUGAAGGAGCCUGGUUCCAGUUGGAUUGAGGUGCGGGAUGCAUCUCACAGAUUCAUGUCCAGAGAUAAAGAUCAUCCAGAGAGUGACCGUAUACAUGCGAUGCUUGAUGGUUUGGCAUCAGAUAUGAGGUCAUCAGCUGAGAAAAAUGAUGGUUUUACCCUUACUUAUGACUUAUGAGCGGUUGGAUUUAGAUUUAUGGCUCUCUACUGAUGAGUCAUCCCGGUUGGCAUUUAGCAGCCUCUGGAGGAUUGACAUAUUGUGGUCUCACAUGGUGCACUGUUGACCUCUGAGAUUGCAAGACCGGAACGAGUAUUGCAAGGGGGACUCGAAUUAGUCUGGAAAUGGGUGAGGUUUUUUUCUUUUUUGCUCUUACAAAUUGAUCAGGCUCCUAUAAAAAUUGGAAACCUUAGGCUCCGAAUGACGGGUAUUUGGGCAUGAGACUUUAAGAUUGGCAAUCCUGCAAACUGAAAAGAUAGGCUUCCAAAGUUUUUUGUCAUCGCAAGCUUUCUAAGCUUGAGUGCCUUUUCUAAUCAUGAAGAGGGUGAGAUUAAAGUUUCUUGAUCAUCUAUAGCCUUUUUUUUUAUAUAUAUUUUUGUAAUAUAAGUUUAGAUAAAUACAGCUUCUUUUUUUCAUAGAGAUGUCCCUGUUUGGUUACUUGGUGUAGAAGAGGAGUGUGGUGUAGACAUUCAUUUUAUAUGUUAGAAGUAAAGCAUUACAUA